AUGUUCUGGGCUCCUGACAUGCGAGGAACGUUAGUAUCUAUCUCAGGAACACACCAGUUUGUUGGCCCGUUCUUCAAGGAUAUCGACCCUUCCAUGUUGCCUGAACGCUUCCACCACAUACCUGGUUCUAUCGCUGAAGCCCUGCAAGAAUUCUGUGACUACGAUAUAUCCGACGAAGCUUUCCGACGCCAAACAAGGGAACGUCAGUGCAUGCGACUAAAUCUUGCGCGAGCCCUCAAUACCCCUAUCGAGAACCUGCGUAUCGAUGAAAAAUCGGGGCUAAUCACCUGGGACGGUAUGCAAGACGAAGUUGUGAUGGCGGUUGAGAACAACGCUAUCCCUUCGGUGUACCGAACGCCUGGAGCCCAAGCGAUCGAGCCAGCGUUGGAACCACUUACCGCAUGCUUCGACAAGGCCGAAAGAUUGAAAGGUCACUUUGAUGGCACCGUUCCUGUAUCUGAUGAUGAACAGCGCAUCGACGUCCUGGCUGCGGUUCCUGGCAUAAUUGCCCAAAUCUGUGGCGCUGUCCCAGUUGAAGAUACCUCCCUCUACAUCUGCAGUGCGGCUAAAUGGGCAAAGUUGAACGCUGCAGAAAGGUUCCCUGACGAUCUCAAGAGUCUGGCAUCCCAAGCCACCUUCCUUGCUGGUAUAGGGCCCAGCGUCGACGCCUGGGCGAUGUUUGGUAGCGUUUACAUGCCAUUCUCGGAGUCCAAUGGCUAUUCAGCGCAGCGUGAUCUUCUUGGUAUCAUCCAAGGCGAAAUUGACAGCAACGCAGCUGACCGCACCUGA